AUGGAUACGUGGGGACCGUCCGACGACCUACCUCUGCUUCACGCAGCAUACCGCUCACUCCUCCUCCUCCUGCUGACUUCGGCCGCCCGCAUCGGCGAAAUGGCCGAUCUCACAUAUCCGCCUAUCGCGCGCAACCCGCACGAAUGGGAAUUCGCCCGCGGCCGUGGUCUCACGAAAACAAGCCGUCAAGGACACCACGAACCCUCGCUCGUGGUAAAAGCGUUCCCCUCGAACAUUCUCCGAUGCCCGAUAUCUGCUCUAGAGAGAUACACCAUUCUUACGGAACCGCAUCGUCAACAGUCCGGGCCUUUGUUCCUCACUUCACGGAAACCAUUCCAUCCUGCAACCAAAGACACACUCGCGCGUUGGGUCAAAGCAACCCUAAACGCCGCCGGCAUUGACAUCCAAUCAUAUACCGCGCACUCGACGCGAGCAGCUUCGACCACCGCAGCUCACCAACGAGGAGUUCAACUACACGACAUCCUUCGCACCGCCCAUUGGACCGGCGCAUCGACCUUCCAUAACUACUACUACCGACCACCCCCCUCCUCCGCCAUAGCCUCCGCCGUGCUCGAUCCACCACGUUAA